AUGUCCAGAAUCCCAUCCAUUCCACUUCUAUCGCGUACUCAUAGCAUGCCAAACCUUUGGACCUUUUGGGAGCAUGUGCAGAGCACUGAUGCAGCUAGCAGAUACCUCUUUGAUCAAGCGGUUUUCUAUACUGAGGAAUCUGGUUAUGUCGUUGAAUGCCGUAAUGGAACCCCAAUGCGUCUUGGUCGUUCUGGUGCUCGUG